AUGAAGAGCCCAGGACAAGUCGUAGUGCUGGCGAGUCCCUGCUUCCUGCUGAUAUCGUUCCGGCGGUCUGGGUCCGCAAUCGUCGCGGGAAAUGCGGCUGCGGCUUUAGCGGCGGCGGAUAGCCCCAGGGAUAACGUUGAGGCGUACGUCUUAGGACAGCGUGGCUCCGACUUGAAGCAAAAGCGCGUUCGCAGAAAACGUGCUCCCGGUGGGGAAGGUCUACAAAGAGGUGAUCCACUCGCUUCUCAACCCAAAGAAGACCACACAGGCGUGGAGCAGGCCACCCGAGAACCCGCCCCUCGUUGCGAUCUUCAGGUUGACGAUACAUUUUGGCAGCAAAGCGUUGAACCCAACUUCAGUGAAAAGGGCAAACAACUUUUGAUCUUGUGGCGAUUUCUCCAGCAUUUGACAAUCCGUGACCUACAAGUCGAUAAGCGCAUGACAAGAACGAAACUGGAUGCGUACUGGGAACAGGUUGAGGGCGCGGUAAAAGCACCCGGUGACCAGCUCGAGGACAUUGUGCGCCAUUUCUUACACGACCUUUUCGGUGGAUCUGUAAGCGCAACCCCCAGCAUCAUUCGCGUGGUUUCCCGCUGCUUCCUCGGACCACUACCGUCGCGCUCGGUUCAGCGCCGUCUUCAUUCGGCAUGGACAGUGCGGGACAAUGAUGUCCCGACGAAGGAUCAGCUUCAUGAGCGAUUCAUCGGCGUUGUAUCAAGCGUGUACGAUGCUGUUGACGAUGACCUGCGUGAGGUGGUGCCCACCAGUGGAACGAUCUUCUCGGAAGACUGGGGCAAGAGCUUGCCGAUGUUGGUCGAUGCCGUGCUCUCGAUUGUGUACGGCCAAACACGCUUCAAUGUGUUGCAGCCGUCGAUGUCGAGUUUGCUUAUGGGUCUUUCGACCUCAUAA